UAUGCCAAACUGUCUUCAAGAUUUAGGGGGCAAUGCGGGGUAUAAAGCAUUUUCGUAAAUAGGAAGCCCAUUCUGUAAAGUGCAGUGCAUUAAAACUUCCCUUCGUCCCCUCUCUCUGGUCUAGUCUCUACUACUCUCUCGCUUCGCUUCAACAGUCAAGAGAUGAAAGGCAUGAGUAAUUCUCAUUUCAUUCUUUUCAUUCACAUAUAUCUUCUUUUCAUUACUUUUUCCUGUACUGCUAAACCACCAUUUGCUUGUGAUUUAUCAAACCCAUCAACAAAUUCAUACGCAUUUUGCAACACUUCAUUACCCAUUUCUGAAAGAGUAGAAAAUUUAAUCUCUCGUCUAACGUUAGAUGAAAAGAUAUCACAACUUGUUAACACAGCUCCAGCAAUACCAAGACUCGGUAUACCUAGUUACCAAUGGUGGUCUGAAUCAUUGCAUGGUGUUUCAAGUUCAGGUCGUGGAAUCAAAUUCAAUGGAGAAACAAUUUCUUCUGCUACUAGUUUCCCUCAAGUAAUACUAACAGCAUCUUCCUUCGAUACCCAUCUCUGGUAUCGCAUUGGUCAGGCCAUCGGAAUAGAAGCCAGAGCUGUAUACAAUGCAGGGCAAGCAACAGGAAUGACAUUUUGGGCACCAAAUAUAAACAUAUUUAGAGAUCCAAGAUGGGGAAGAGGGCAAGAAACACCUGGUGAAGAUCCGAUGGUUACCAGUAAAUACUCAGUUUCUUAUGUUAGGGGAAUUCAAGGUGAUUCUUUUGAAGGUGGGAAGGUAGAUCAUCUUCAAGCUUCAGCUUGUUGUAAGCAUUUCACUGCUUAUGAUUUAGAUAAUUGGAACGGUACUAAUCGUUUCGUCUUCAAUGCCCAAGUGUCUUUACAGGAUUUAGCAGAUACUUAUCAACCACCAUUCAGAAGCUGUAUUGAAGAAGGCAAAGCAAGUGGAAUAAUGUGUGCUUACAAUCGUGUUAAUGGAAUUCCAAGCUGUGCAGAUUUUGAUCUCUUAUCUGAAACAGCAAGAGGAGCCUGGGGUUUUAAUGGAUACAUCACAUCAGAUUGUGAUGCAGUGUCUAUCAUCUAUGAUGAUCAAGGAUAUGCCAAAACACCAGAAGAUGCAGUCCGUGAUGUCCUUAAAGCUGGGAUGGAUGUGAAUUGUGGGUCUUAUUUGCAAAAGCACACAAAAUCAGCUGUUCAACAGAAAAUUCUGGGAGAAAGUGACAUAGACAGAGCUUUAUCUAACCUCUUCACAACUAGAAUGAGGUUAGGACUCUUCAAUGGUGACCCAAUUCAACAGCCAUAUGGUGAUAUCAGUCCGAAACAGGUGUGCUCUCCAGACCAUCAGGGUCUAGCCUUAGAAGCUGCUCGUAGCGGUAUUGUCCUCUUAAAGAACUCAGCCAACCGUCUCCCAUUGUCCAAAGCUACCACUAAAACACUUGCUGUCAUUGGCCCAAAUGCUAACACUACGAAAACGCUUCUAGGGAAUUAUUUUGGACCUCCAUGUAAAUCCAUUACACCAUUAGAAGCAUUCAAAAGCUAUGUUAGGGACAUAUCUUACACCCCGGGAUGCGAUUCUGUUGCGUGUAAUUCUUCUGUUUCAUUUGAGGAAGCUGUAAAACUAGCAACAUUGGCAGAUACGGUUAUAUUGGUUAUGGGUUUGGAUCAAACACAAGAAAGAGAGUCACACGAUCGAGUUGAUUUAGUACUUCCAGGGAAACAGCAAAAUCUAAUUACAACUGUGGCUAAAGCUGCAAAGAAACCCGUUGUCUUAGUGAUUCUUAGUGGAGGGCCGGUUGAUAUUUCUUUUGCUAAGCAUGAUGGUAACAUCGGGAGUAUCAUAUGGGCUGGUUAUCCUGGAGAAGCAGGAGGAAUCGCAUUAUCCGAGAUUAUGUUUGGUGAUCACAACCCAGGGGGGAGAUUACCCAUGACUUGGUAUCCACAAGAUUUCAUCAAAAUUCCCAUGACAGAUAUGAGAAUGCGACCUAACCCAACAUCGGGGUAUCCAGGACGUACUUACCGAUUCUACACCGGCGAAAAUGUGUUCAAAUUUGGCUAUGGGCUAAGCUACUCGAAGUAUGUUUAUGAGUUUGUUGAUGUUAAACAAAACAAACUCUACUUAAACCGAUUUAGCAAUAUACAAAUAUCACCAGACAAGCAGGCUGUCGGGCGAUAUUUAUCAGUGUCUGAGAUGGGAACUGAAAUCUGUGAGAACUUAAAGUUUUCUGCAACAGUUGGAGUAAAAAACAUCGGGGAAAUGCGGGGCAGAUAUCCGGUGUUGCUUUUUGUAAAGCAAUCCAAGAAUCAGCAUGGGACUCCAACGAAACAGUUGAUUGGUUUCCAAAGUAUUGAACUGAAUGCAGGUGAAAGAUACGAAGUUGAAUUUACUUUGAGCCCAUGUGAACACCUUAGUCGAGCUAAUGAAGAUGGUUCAAUGGUGAUAGAAGAAAGCUCUUAUAUUUUGGUGGUUGGUGACAUGAAGUACAAGAUUUCUACCAUCCUUUGAAUUGCACACGCGGUAUGUAGACGUGGUUUAGCAAAAGUUAAUAAUCAGGAGUGAAGUAGAUUAUAAUUGAAUUAAUGUUUUGGUCAGUUUCAGAUAAACCAUAAAAUGACUUGAAAGUUGAAACCACGAAAAUUUCUAAUC